CAAGCCAAAAAAUAAGAUGAAAGAUCUGAUCUGAAUUCAGAAGUGAAGAAAAGACUGAUGUGUGUAGGAUGGAUAUUUUGUUUCUAUGCGUUGUGCUUAUUUGCGUGGGAAUUUAAAUUUAGCCUUGUGCUGGUUGUCAACCCAGUGAGAGAAUUUACUGCUUUUGGAUAUGGCUGCUAGUCGUUUACGGAAAAUUGCAAGAUUUGAAACCAAAAACGAACCAUGCAUCGAUCUGGUGAAAGAUCCCUACGAAGAGAUAGAAAAAAGUUUGAAAACUGUUCGUGGAGGGACUGGAAUAGUAAUUGAAUCAUCUGUAUCAUCACAUGAAUGUAGUUGGGAUGUAGACCAUCCUGAACGUUCUGAGAGGCUCACAACCAUAAUAAGAAGGAUCAAGGAACUGGGUCUUAUUGAAAGGUGCUGCGUAUUGACUCCCCGAAGAGCAGAAAAACAUGAGAUUGUGAUGUGCCAUUCAGAAGACGAUUACAACAGUCUUCAGCUUGCAAGCAAAAUUGCCAGUGUGAACUUUCGGGAGCAUAUCUCUUCACAGUUUGACUCUAUAUUUAUAAAUAAUGACACAUUUGAUGAUGCGCUCACUGCAGCUGGAAGUGCAAUCGAUCUUGUAGAUGCAGUUUGGAAAGGUUCAAUUCAGAAUGGAAUCGCCUUAGUCAGGCCACCUGGGCAUCAUGCCGUGCGUGAUGAUUUCAAUGGAUAUUGCUUCUUCAACAAUGUUGCGGUUGCAGCAAAACAUGCUCUUUUGAAUCUGAAUGUGGAUAGAAUCUUGAUUGUCGACUUGGAUGUUCACCAUGGCCAGGGUAUCCAGCAGACGUUCUAUGAUGAAAAAAGGGUCCUGUAUUUCUCCAUGCAUCGUUACGAAGAAGGAAAAUUCUGGCCUAAUUUGCGUCUUUCAGAUUAUGACCACAUAGGAGAAAACAAAGGCAGGGGCUAUAAUUGGAAUGUACCAUUAAAUCGGAAUGCCAUGACAAAUGGAGAUUACUUGGCAAUCUUUCAUCAUCUGUUGCUUCCUGUGGCAGUGGAGUUUGGGCCUCAAGUGGUACUCAUUUCUGCUGGUUUUGAUUCAGCUUUAGGUGAUGAAAAGGGAGAAAUGCUGGUCACUCCGUCAUGCUAUGCUCACAUGGUGUGGUCUCUGAUGCAGCUUGGAAAUGGGAAAAUAGCACUGAUUUUAGAGGGUGGCUAUUGUCUGAAGAGCCUGGCAGAAGGUGCGGCCUUGAGCUUGCGUGCACUUCUCGGGGAUCCGUGCCCGUAUUUGGGCCCAUUGCCACCACCUUGUUCCAGCAUCGUUGAAACAAUCCUUAAUGUCAUAACUGUCCAAAGACCAUUUUGGAAGUGUUUGAAAUCCUACCCCAGUUAUGUUGUCAAAGGAAAUGAGGUUCUUGAUGAAGGGAAACAUGUAAUGGUGGAACCGAAGUUCUAUGGAGUGACAGAGAAUGUGACUUCAACAUUUCCAACAAGAGCUUGCUACCCUUCUCAAAGCAUUGAACAGAAAAAUCUGUUUGAAAAGACUUUGGAUGAAAUGAUUUCAAGUACAGAUUUGUUUGUUCCACCAAAUAAUGUGUGCAUUGCAUUUGAUGAAAUUGUUCUGAGGCAUAGUCCCCUGGAUAGUCUAAGGCUGGAGUUCGAACUACCAGGUCGUGUUACGCAGAUAAUGGCGGAUUUGAAAGUAAGGGGUUUAUAUGAACGCUGCUCUCAUCUUAAGCCUCGUAAUGUGAAAUUGGAAGAGCUUAAGGCAGUUCACACCAAAAAUUACGUUGAUUUGAUGAACAGCACAAAGUACAUGGGCAAUGAAGAAAUCGCAAGGGUUGCUGACGACUAUGAAUCCGUGUACUUGUGUCCGUACUCCGUGGAUUCUGCGAGGGCAGCUGCUGGGGCAGUUCUGCAGGUUACGGAUGGUGUCCUGAGCAGACAGUAUCGAUCAGGAGUUGCCAUUGUUAGGCCUCCUGGGCAUCAUUCAGGAUGUCAGACAGCAUCUGGAUUUUGCAUUUUCAACAAUGUGGCCAUAGCUGCAAAGUAUGCCAAAUCCAAGUUUGGAUUGAAGAGAAUCUUGAUUCUUGAUUGGGACGUUCAUCAUGGGAAUGGAACGCAAGAGAUUUUUAAGUCAGACCCAGAUGUGUUGUACAUAUCUCUUCAUCGAUAUUCUGUCAAGUUCUUCCCUUAUUCUAAAGAAGGGAACUAUGAUUAUGUUGGUGAAGAAGAGGGCGGUGGUUUCACUGUAAACAUCCCAUGGGUUGAGGGGAAGGCUUGUGAUGGACAGUAUGUAACAGCCUUCCAUCGAGUGAUUCUGCCAAUAUGUUACGAAUUCAGUCCAGAGCUGGUGUUGGUGUCUGCAGGCUUUGAUGCCCUGGAUGGUGACCCACUCGGAGGCUGCAAAGUGACUCCCCAGUGCUUUGCUCACCUCACGCACUAUCUCAUGGCCUUGGCAAAUGGCAAAGUGAUCUUGUGCUUGGAAGGUGGCUACAACUUUCAAGCCACAUCAUACGGCAUAACUUCGUGUGUCAAAGCACUGCUCGGAGAUCCUUUACCAUCCUUCGAUACCAAACUUGCCUUGUCUAAAGCAGCAUGUAAAACACUGCAGAAUGUUACAAAUGUCCAUAAGCAAUUUUGGACAAGUCUUGCAGUCAACAUUCCUGUACCAGAAAUUUUGCAUUCCUAAACAGAUCACUGAAAGAAGCUCCGAAUAUGAAAAGUCUAAAAUGUGUGACACACAAAAUGUAGAUUUCUGUGUGUGUGCUUCCCUCUUGUAUAAAAAUGAGUGAUCAUUCUCAGUAAUGCCUUGGUAUCGGUUGCUGUUAUGUGCAUGCAUCCUUCAGCUCGGGUAAAGACAUACCUACAGUAUUGUAGAAGAGGCCAGUUGUAUGGUAACAUUUCAUUGGGUAGGAGGAUUUCAGUGACUUCAAAAAAGCUUGUAUGAUGUGUGAAAGACUUACUUCUGUAGCUCAUUUAUAAAAAAAAGUAUCUAACUGUACUUAAAAACUUGAGCUUGUGGGUGUUUUGUUUAGAAAUGUGUGUUAUCUUCUGUAUUAAUGUAAUUACAAAGUUUAUGCUUGUUAUAUAUUGUAUAGCUUUUUUAUUUUAAUGUAUCAAAAAUUUGAACUUCCAAGUGUCGCUGGUUUUUAUGUUAGUAAAAUACUUCUAGUAUUCUUUAUUCUGUUAAUUUAUGUAUAUAUUACCUGUUACCUAAAUUAUUAUCCCUCUUCUUAUUUAUUAUGAUUACUGUUUAUUAUUUAUCAGGUAAUUUAUGCAUAUUUUUUUUUCCUAAUGACUGUUCGUUUUAAUGUUGACUGGAAAUGCAACUGCUGGCCUAGCAGUUUUUUUUUAAUGUUCCUAAAAAAUUUAUAUAAUCGUACGUACUUUAAAAAAUAUAAAGCUGGGUACUCAUAUGUUAUGGACCUUAUUUGAUAUUGUUGUUCAUAUUGAAAUCCCUUCUUUAAAGUUUAUUUUUGAAUCUUAAAAUUACUUAUGUAUAUUAGAAAAUAUACGUGUAUGUUUAUACUUUAUUUAAUGACAAAAUUUUAAUACCUGCAGAGUUAGUAUGGUCAUUUCUGUCAUCAAACCUUUUAGUAUUUUCAACAUUUUUGACAACCUGUGUUAUGUGUAUUUCAUGGUUUUACUUUUAAGUAUAAUAUGUAUACGUGUAUACAAUAAUGAUCAUUGUAUGUUAAUCAUUUUAAUUCAUUAAUGUUUGUGUGAGAGUUACAGUCUGUACUAGUUCGCAAUAUUCUAUGUUAUGACGAUCUUCCUGUUGAAGGAAACAGCACAGUGAAGACUAUUUUCUAUGUUUGGGAAAAGUGCCUUGACAAACUUUGGGUGAUUACAGUUGGGUUGAUAACUGAAUAUACAUGAAUAGCCAUACCAUACAUGUCAUCUUAUAUUUUUGUAUGUUUUAUAAAUACUUGUAAUUUACAGUUUGCAAGUUAUUGUUACACUGUAAAGUCUUAAAUAGCAAAAAUGUAUGUUGUUAUGUAAGCAGUACUGAUCAAAAUUAAAACUUUAUAAUUUUA